AUGACGACUCAACAAGUUCAACAGGAAACUCGCGCCUACAUCGAGCGGUUUCGGGAAAGAGCUCACGAAACGCUUAUGCAUGACUACUUUGUUGAAAACCCAAAGUUUGGCCCGAUUUGGUUUCGUGAAAGAUUUCGAAUGAGUCAAAGGUUGUUUUUAAAGAUUGUUACUGAUAUUGAGCAACGUUUCGUUUACUUUCAAAAGCGUGUAGAUCGGUCGGGGAGAAAGAGUUCAGCUGCCAUACAAAAAUGCACAUCCGCGGUGGAACAACUCGGAACGGGCAACCCUCCGGAUAACUUUGAUGACAACCUUUGCAUGGCACCGAGAAUUUCUCGCGAAAGCCUUGAUCAUUUUUGCAGCGCGGUCAUCGAGUUAUAUCGUGACAAGUACUUACGUAGGCCGACUAGUCAUGAUGUUGCCCGGUUGUAUGAAGCGCAUGAACGGAGACACAAGAUUCCGGGAUUGCUAGGAAGUCUUGAUUGUACGCAUUUUGUUUGGAGAAAUUGUGCUAAAGCAUUGAAGGGACAAUACAAGAGAGGUGAUCAUCCAUACCCCACGGUUACGCUUGAAGUCGUUGCUUCACAAGACUUGGGGAUUUGA